AUGCCUAUUGCCAACAGAUUCACCAGCAACCUUGCACCAGGAAACCUCACAGAAGCUCCCAUCUUCCUCCUACUAGGACUAAUAGAUGACCCAGAGAUACAACCCGUCAUCUUCUGCCUUUUCCUGACCACAUACAUAGUCACCCUACUGGGAAACCUGCUUAUUAUCCUGGCCGUGGUCUCAGACUCCCACCUGCACACCCCCAUGUACUUAUUCCUCUCCCACCUCUCCUUCACCGACAUCUGCUUAAGUACAUGCACCAUCCCCAAGAUGCUGGAGAACAUCCGCUCCCAGACACAGAGCAUCACUUAUGUCGGCUGCAUGGCCCAGACCUUCUUUGUCAUGGUUUUCACUAGUGUAGAAAACUGUCUCCUGGGCAUCAUGGCUUUGGACCGCUAUGUGGCCAUCUGCCACCCGCUGAGGUACACGGUCAUCAUGAACCAGCCGCUCUGCGCGCUGCUCAUUGCUCUCUCAUUGUUGGCAAGCGUUGCAGUCUCUGGGCUGUACGAGCUGAUGGCAUUAAGUCUCUGCUUCCCUUCAAAAGUGCUGGUCCCCCACUUCUUCUGCGAACUCGCCCAGUUGCUCAAACUCUCGUGCUCCGACACUUUCAUAUACAACCUACUGAUAUACCUGGUGGCUGUUACUUUUGCUGGGAUUCCAUUCUCAGGCAUCAUUUUCUCCUACACUCAGAUCAUCUCCUCAGUUCUGAGGAUGCCCUCAGCCCAGGGGAAACAGAAAGCUUUUUCCACCUGCAGCUCUCACUUGUCCAUAGUUUCCCUGUUCUAUGGGACAGGGCUUGGGGUUUACAUUAGUUCUACAGUCAUGGAAUCUUCCAGAACAUCUGCCAUCCCCUCGGUGAUGUACAUUGUGGUGCCACAGCUGAUGAACCCCUUUAUCUACAGCCUGAGGAACAAGGACGUGAAGGGGGCCGUGAGGGGGCUCCUGAGACGGAAGCGGUCUUUUCUCUGA